AUCAAAACUCCCGCUCCCGAAGCGGAGGUUCCAAUGUUGUAUUUUUUUGGGAUAUUUAAUUUUGACAGUUUGUACUAGUGUUCUAUAGUGUAAGGUCUAGUCGAUUUUCGUUUUCAAAAUGAUUGAAGAACACGGUAUUGUUCUGUCAUUAACGACUUAUAAAACUGAGAUUAGCUUAUAUGACACUUUAAAAAAUUUUUGUAAGAAAUAUUCAGAAAAAAUGACUGGUAGUGAUAAAAGUAUUGUUAAGAAACUUUUAAUUAGUAGCUAUGAAGUUUUACUCAAGAAAGUUGAUAGCAAUUAUAGAGCUGUUCCUACUGAAUGGAGUGAUGAAGAUAUAUUAAUUGCACUUUAUUUGCAUAUUUGUGAGUAUGCAGAUGAUGAAAGGGCCCAACAAAUCUGCAAAAAAUUUCGUAUUUUAUUUGAAAACCAAAAUACUGAAGUAUAUCAAAACUCUAUUGGUCCAGUAAUAAAGAUGCUUUAUUCUGUUGCAAUCAAUGAAUCAAAUCCAGUUAAGAAAAAGAAAUGCAACAGACUGACAAAGGACAAUUGGUUUGACGCUGAAGUAAUAUCCGAAUCUUUAUGUAGCUUUAAGAAAUAUUUACCUGUUGAAGAUAUGAAGUUUUUUUCAUUACCAAAAAUACAUUCUAGUCAAAGUGAAAACAAUAUUUCGUUACUCAGACCUUUCCAGCCACCACCUAUUUUGACAUUUGAUUGUAAUUUUAAAAAUGGAAUUAUCAAGCAGCAGAAACUAUCUUAUGAUUUGGAUGAAGGAUUUGUUACUCCGAGUGACGAACAUAAAGAAAGGAGUCCUUCCUUGGAUCAAAAAAUUACCAUCCCAACUUCAAAAUCAACAACACCAUUUGAUUGGGACUUGAAAGUAGUUGGUGUUCCUCCUAGAAAAGAUAAAUCGUGGGAGAAGUUGGAUCUUGUUGGAAGAAAUAAGGAGCAUCCUUUUAUUCCGAGGCAAGUCCAUUUGCAGCAUUGGUUAUCUAAAGCUCCACACUCAAUUACUAAGAUUUCCCGAAACCAAUUAAUAGAAGAUUUAAUGAGUCUUUUGAUUGGAGUACCUUCAACAACAUUUUCAUUUAAUGGAAAAACUUUUAUAUGUAAACCUGGCAUAUAUACUGAUCAUCUUACUGCUGAAGAUGUUCUAAUGUUAAGUAAACAAUAUAUUGAAGCAGCAGAAGCAUUUUUGGAUCUGAAAAAUCUAGCUGAAAAGAAUUUAAGUGAUGAUAUUAUUACCAGGGCUUUCAAACUUUCUUUAAAAAAGUAUUUAUACAAUUACCAAUUGAUAAUUUACCAUAUCAUCGAUGGAAGGAGUAACAAUAAAACAUAUCUCAGUGAUAUUCAAUUGUUAAUUGAACAGGUAAUAUAUUUGAAAAAAAUCUUGGUUCAGCCUGAAGAAUUAAAGGGUGUUGCUCUCCUCGAACAACUUUUUAGUAAUAUGGAAACAAGUUCUACCCAGAUGUUUUACUUGCUUACUUCUCUUUUUCUGCAGCCUUGUGUGUAUUAUUUUAGAUUAAUAGACGAUUGGAUUUUCCUUGGUAAAUGGCAUAAAGAUUUACCAAUCUCACAGAGUGACUUCAGUCUUAUUGCCGAUAGACAAAGCUGGGAAGAGGCGUAUAAGCCUAUUCAAUGCAAUUUUCUUUGGUUUAUCCCAGUUCAAGAUUUAGCAUAUUGUGGAAAAGCUUUGUCUUUACUCAGUCUCUCAAAAAAUAGUGAAAUGUUUUUAAAAAUGCUGAAAUCAGAUGACAAACCUAGAGUUAAGGUUUGUUUACAUCUCGGAGAAUUAAAAAAGUUGCAAGUGGAAUGUGAUCAUUUUUAUGAAAGAGCAAAAACUUCUUUUCAUUCACAGAAAGAAGAAAAAUUAGACUUAAUUUUAUGUGCUCGUGAUUCAGCAAAGAUGAAAGCUCAAACUUUUGAAGAAUUAAAAAAAGAAAAAAUGGAUAAUGAAAAAGAAAGGAAAAGAAAAGAGCUGAAUUUAAGGAAAGAAGACCUAAUUAGAAGUGCUAUGGUGAGAGAACUUAAAAAACAAGAAGAAGAAUUAGACAACAUUAGAGUGGCAAAAGAGGUUGAAGAUAUGCUUCUAAAAGAAGAGAAAAUAGAAUUUGAAAAAGCGAAAGGAAUAUUCAGUUUAUUAAAACAGCAGCAAGCUGAAGAAGAGAGAAAAGAUCUUAAGACCGAAUGGAAGUUAAAAAGGCAUCAAAAUAUUGAAAAAAGGCAGGAAUUUUUCAGUGAUAAUAUACUUGUGAGUGAUAACUUGAUCCAUGUAGAAGAUGAAUCUAAGGAGUCAGACAUAGAUAAGAAACUUGAAACUGAGCUAAAAAAAGAUUGCAAAGAAAACACAGUUCAAGUUCCAGAUAAAUCUAUUAUCCUUGAAAAUUCUGACAAAAUUCAAGAGAAAAAAGACCAAAUUAGUGACCAUAAUGAAGUUGAAUAUAAAAUUAUUACUGCUUGUGAUAUAGUAAAACAUACAGAAUUAGAGGAAAACAGAUUAAAAGUUUUAGGUUCAAACUUCAUUGUUGGUAAAGAUCUCCCAAUACGUAUAUCUGGGAAAGAGGAGAAAAACAAUGAUAGAAUUGUUUGCCCUUCAAAAGUUCCGAAUCUUAUUGAAACAACACCAGCUGCAAAAGAUGAUAACAUAAAAUAUUCAGAGUUAGUGGAUAACAGAUUAAAAGUUUUAGGUUCAAACUUUGUUGUUGGUGAUCUCCCAAUAUGUACAUCUGAGAAAGAGGACGAAAAAAACAAUGUAAUUUCUUGCCCUUCAAAAGUUCUGAAUCUUGUAGAAACAACACCAGCUGCUAAAGAUGAUGACAUGAAAUAUCCAGAGUUAGUGGAUAACAGAUUUAAAGUUUUAGGUUCAAACUUUAUUGUUGGUGAUGUCCCAAUAUGUACAUCUGAGAAAGAGAAGAAAAAAAAUGAUAUAAUUGCUUGCCCUUCAGAAAUUCUUAAUCUUGCUGAAACGACACCAACUGCAAAAGGUGAAGACAUAAAAUAUUCGGAGUUAGUGGAUAACAGAUUAAAAGUUUUAGGUUCAAACUUUGUUGUUGGUGAUCUCCCAAUAUGUACAUCUGAGAAAGAGGACGAAAAAAACAAUGUAAUUUUUUGCCCUUCAGAAGUUCUUGUAGAAACAACACCAGCUGCUAAAGAUGAUGACAUGAAAUAUCCAGAGUUAGUGGAUAACAGAUUAAAAGUUUUAGGCUCAAACUUCAGUGUUGGUGAUGAUGCUCCAUAUUGUAUACCUGUAAAAGAUGAAAUUGUUUUUCCUUCAAACGUUCUGAAUCCUGUUGAAACAACAACAUCCACAAAAGAUAAUGAUUUGCAAUAUUCUGAGAUGGAAAUGAAUAGAAUGAAAGCACUCCAUUCUGAUUUUGAAAGAGGGAACGAAGCUGUGCUUCUUGUUUAUCAAGAUGAAGCCGGAAAAAACAAACAGAAAAUACUUGGAUCACAUUUUACAUUAGGAUCGGAUAUUGUGGUUAAAAAAAUCAAAAAUGAUGACAUUGAAAUUUCUAAAACCAAUGAAAAUAAUAAUAAGGAAGAAAUUAGUAAAGAUACAAUAAAGUCGGCUAAAAAGGGGGAAAUGAUCGAAUCAAAAAAAUGUAAUGAAAAUAUUCCUCAACAUUCAUUGGAUUCAGAAAAUAUAAGGCAAGUUAACAUUAGGAGAAAGAGUGAUUGUUCAAAUAUAAAUAUGCUUCCUGUUAUUGAAGAGCAAAGUAACAUCGUUUGCAACGAAAUUGGUGAUGAGCCUGAAGUUACUUCUGAACAUAUUGGAGUCAAUGGUGUAAGUUGGUUCCAGAAGUGUAACCAACAUGUAGAAGGAGUAAAAAAUCUUUUUAAAGCUAAUGAAUUAAUUAAUCUUCCAGAACAACAGUUAGAUUAUUAUUCCAUACUUAGGUGUGUUCCUGGUUCAUUAAAUUUAGUUUUAGAAACCCAACUGAAAUUGGUCAAUGAAGCACUCCUAGAAAUGUUUCUUAACGAAUUGCAGCUACUAACUGAAGCUGGAAAACUAAAGAAAUAUUUUUUUCUUGACGAAGAAUUUGGUAAAAGAUUGACAUGCUCACUUUGCCCUGCUAUUGAAAAAGAAAAACCUUUAACGCUGUUAACAUUUGGAAGGCUCAGAGAUGUCCUUGCUUUUGCAUCCCAAGGUGAUGAAAAAUUAUCAUUUAUGGUUAAAGAAACCCCAGUUGCAUUUGAACAUACCAAUCCUCAGGCUUUAUCAUGCUUGGGAUUGUCUUACAAAUUUACUUGGCCAUUGAACUUAAUAUUUACUGACAUAGCCAUGUCGAAGUAUAAUGAUGUCUUUGAAUACAUGCUCUCUCUUCAAAGGGUUUCGUGGCAUUUAGACCAAGUUUGGCUCUUAUUGAAGUUCAGAUCAUCUCAAAUGAAUGGACAUGAAUACACUCAGAUUCAGUUAUAUAGACAUAUUAUGUCACAGUUUGUUUGCUCUUUGCAAUGGUAUAUUUGUACCACUGUUUUUGAAAACUGUUGGCAAAAAUUCAACAGAGAAGUCUUGGAAGUCACUAAUUUCCAGGAAGUUUAUCGAAAACAUGCUGCGUAUCUUAAAGAAGUUAUUUUUAAGUGUUUCUUAAAUGAGAAAUCAAGUGGAUUGAUGAAGAGAAUGCAGAGCCUUCUUAAGUAUGUUUUAAUUUUCUGUCAAGUUAUGAGGUUUGGUGAAUGGUCAAUAUCAGAAACUGGAGACUAUCAGCAUUGUAAUUUUGUGAAACUUCAGAAUACAUUCUCUUCUUUCAUAAAGCUAGCAAGGUAUAUUGUUCGACAAAUUGAAAAAUUGGUCAAAAUCAACUAUCAAGAAGGUUUGGUCAACUUGUACAAUCUGUUGACUAUUAAUUCAUUCUAUUUGGCAUAGAUCAGUCAGUCAAUAUCAUUUCAGAAUUAUGUAUGUUCUGUAUGUCAACAUAAUUGUUUCCGAUAUCAAUAUCAAGAUUUUUAUUGUAAAUACUGUUAUGUUUAAUAAAUUAUUAUAUUUUGUUAAUAAAUGUUGAGUGAGAAUGGCCUUUUCUGAGUAAUAAAAAAGAACACUGCCUCCAAGUAACAUCAUCCACAAGUAAAAAG